AUAACCCAACUAAAAUUAUUGGAAUGGAAUGAUAUUUAUUAUUCCCUGGGUCCUUCUAUGUUUAUAAAUAAUUCUCAGGUUGCUUCCAUAAUCCCCAGUCCCCACUACUGCUCAUCAUUCCAUCGAUUAUUCUUGCCUAUCCACUGUCACAUGCAAUUUGGAGCUAAGCUACCUAGCUUACUCGAUCGUCGUCUUCAUCCAAGUGUGGGAAGUCGAGCUAGGGAGCUAGCUGGCAUGGAGCUAAUGGACGACGACGGCUCGUCGUCCCUCCUGGAGGAGCUCAUGGCGCCGCUCCGGAGAGGCACACCGACGACGACGCCGGAAGAUCUGUGGCUUCAGGCGUACCCGAUGAUGAUGAGCCCGAUGUGCGGCGACGGCGUCAUGCUCGGUGACCUCCUCGUCGGGGGCGGCAACGCGAGGAACACGCUUGCCUCGCCGCCGCCGCCGUCGUUCCCACUGCCUGUGCCUCUGACGACGACGACUCCUUGUCCGCCUCUGCACGAGGUCAGCUUUGAGUUUGAUUCAAUUGAUUGCUUGGGUGAAGUGUGCAACCCGUACAAGAGAUCAGGCGGCGCUGUCCGUGCCACCGCCGCCGCUCAGGUGAUGGUGGCCGCCAUGGAUCCGAGACGCGAAGCUGCGUCGUCUGCGGUGGCGGUGGCGGCGGUGGAGGAGGAGGAGAGAUGCAAGGCGCGACGUGGCGCUGGAGGCGGUGGUGAUAGUGGCGAGCUGGCGCCCAUGUUCGUGUUCGGCGGCGGCGGCGGCGCGGCGGCGAGCGUCCGCCCAAGAAGCUGCAGGCCGCCGCAACCAGGCGCGCCGUCCAAGAACCUGAUGGCGGAGCGGCGGCGGCGGAAGCGGCUCAACGACCGCCUCUCCAUGCUCCGCUCCGUCGUGCCUAGGAUCAGCAAGAUGGACAGGACCUCGAUUCUCGGCGACACCAUCGGCUACGUGAAGGAGCUGAUGGAUCGGAUCAAGAACCUCCAGGUCGAGGCCGCCACCGGUGACUCAUCCUCCUCCUCCACGGAGAAUCUCUCCAUGCUGAAGCUGAACACGCUCAAGCCUCCGCCGUCGUCGAGCUCCGGCGAAGAGACGCCGCUUAUCAGAAACUCGACGAGGUUCGAGGUGGAGAGGAGGGAGAACGGAAGCACGAGGAUCGAGAUGGCAUGCGCGGCGAUCCCCGAGCUGCUGCCGUCGACGCUGGCCGCGCUGGAGGCGCUGGGCGUGGAGAUCGAGCAGUGCGUCAUCAGCUGCUUCGAUGACUUCGCCAUGCAGGCCUCCUGCCUACAGGAUGACAAGAAGAGGGAGAUGACAAGAGAUACUGAAGAGAUCAAGCAGACAUUGUUCAGGAGUGCAGGCUACGGAGAUGGCUGUCUUAUAUAAUGGACCAACCUCGAUUUGAUCCAAACAAUGCAAGCAAAUAUGAGUAGUAACUACGUUCUACCAGCACUCUCGAUUAGGUCGUGGUGCCUUAUUAGUUCAUCUUGCGUGCGAUCAAUUCUCACUGCAGUACUGCACAUCUCACUGGAACAGUAAGAAUAUAGUAUAGCAUGAUGAGCUGAGCAGUCUGUGGCAUACCAUGUAUUUGAUGAUGCAGUUCGUGAGAUCAUUUUCUCAUUCCUCUUAAUUAUAUUUAUAUAUGGAUAUCAGCAUGAACGCUAUAUCUUGGAUAUUAUCAAAUUAAUUUCUGUAUGCGACUA